AUGAUCUCUCUAUCAGAAGUCCAAGCCUCAAAUGCCCAAAUCGCUAAGAUCUUCCCUCCAGGCCUCGUUGCCGUCUUCGUAGGCGCAACAAACGGCAUCGGCGAAGCAGCUCUGAAAGAAUUCGCUCUCUCAGCCCGCUCCCCACGCGCCUACUUCAUCGGCCGCUCCGAAGAAGCAGCCGGCCGCAUCAAAACCGAAUGCCGACAACUGAAUCCCGAAGGAGAAUUCAUCUUCAUAAAGGCGGACAUCAGUCUAAUCCGAAAUGUUGACCUUGUCACCCGCGAAAUCCAAUCUAAAGAAAAGAGUAUCAAUCUCCUCUUCCUUAGCUGUGGGACUCUGCGUUCUGGUAAAGACACCACCGAAGGCCUCCACACCAUCCUAGCAGCCGCCUACUACGCCCGCACACGGUUCAUCCUCAAUCUCCUACCAGAACUAAAGUGCGCAACCCACCUACGCCGAGUCGUCACCGUGCUAGCGGGUACACACGAAGGCGCCAUCGACGAAACCGACUUCCAAGUCAGGAAGAUGUCGAUGCUCAAGGGACGAGGGCAGACAGUUUCCAUGACCGACUUUGCGCUGGAGACGCUGGCCGAGAAAGCGCCGGAAGUCAGUUUCGUGCACGAUUACCCCGGUGUCGUGAAGACGGGGAUUACGCGGGAGGUUAGCUCGCCGAUUGCGCGGGUUCUGUUCCGAGUCGUGAGCGUUAUCGGGCCGCUGGUUUAUAUACCUAUUCGAGAGUCCGGGGAGAGGCAUUUGUUCUUUGCCACUAGUGCGGUUUAUCCGCCCCGUGCUGGUGAUGCGGUUGGUGUGAAGAUCGUUGGAGGGGAGGUUGUGAGGGGCACGGAUGGGGUUGUUGGGAGUGGGGUUUAUAGUGUGGGUGAGAAGGGGGAGGCUGCUGGGAAGGGGGCUGUGAAGGUGUUGGAUGGGCUGAGGGGGAUGGGGAUGAAGGAGAAGGUUUGGGGGCAUACUCUUGGGGAGUUUGGGAGGAUUGUUGGGUCCAGGGGGAGUAGAUUGAGGUUCCAGUUGAGUUGUUGA